AUGGCUUUUGACGACGACGAUAAUCCCCAUGCCUUAGCACAGCCUGUUGCAGGCACCAACGGAGCUGCAGCAGAAGAUGCCGACGAGGACGCGCCCGACUACAAGCUCUUUCUUUCCAUGUUCGACAAACAUGGUGUCUCGAGUAAAGCUAUUCGAAAGGGCGAGAAGGAUUUUGAGUCACAUGGUACUCGUGCACAGGAUGGUCUUCUCGAAGCGAGCCGUAAGGUCAUGGAUAAUGUGCUUGGCUACACAAGGAUACAUCGCGAAGAUGCUUGGGUUCGAGGAUGGUGUUUUCCGGACUGGUGGGCUGAGAUAGAGCAGGCUGGAGAGCAAGAGGGGCUUUGGUUGCGCGACAGAGUUGUCAUGAUCGAGCAUGAGCGCGGAACUUGGCAGAAGGACAUCGGAAGAGCGAUACCAGGCAAGGUUGAGCGUUUGGGUACAGGACGACUUUGGCUUUUGCCCGAGGAGGCUCUUUACCUGGUAGAGAGAGGGACCAUGGAUCUCUGGUGGCCCAAUCGACAACUGGAGGAGAUUCUUCCCAAUGCCGAUGGUAAAAUGAAAGCCGGUAUGGGGCCUGAUGACUACGAUGUCGGCCUGCCCUUGAGUCUUGAGGCAGCAUACUCGCUUCUUAUCGGCAACGAGGGCGAGAGAGGCAGACUCACGUUACCUCAAUAUCAGGUCUACUCACACCUGAAGCGCGCAGGCUUUUAUGUCCUUCGCGCUCCUCCUUAUGAAGCACCUACGACAACACCCCAGUCUAAGACUCUAUGGCAAUGGAUGUUUUCGUUCUUUGGCUCAGAAACACAGACAAUACGAAACCCAUCUGGACCUCUUGUUCAACCAGGUCUAUACCGCGCGUAUAGACCUAUCUACGACCAACUUGCCAUCCUUCCCCGCCACAAGCCACUACCUACACCUCCCGUGGUUCAUCCUCCACGAGACCCAUACCGAGUCUUUUGGCACGUAUGGAAAUCAGGCGGUCCCCCAUUCUCAAAGAAGAACCCCCCACCACCCAACUUCCGCAUCGCGGUAGUUGAUGCUGGCGACACAUGUGUCCCGACACUGGAGGAAAUCGAGGCUCUCAUGGAAUCCACACCUUACGAUCCACCCAAUGAGAGCUGGCAGGGCCCUGGACGAAUGCAUCAGCGAUUAAAGCACGGACAUCGCAACGUCUUGGUUGCGAUCGUAGAUCGCGGCCUUGUCAACUUUAUGAGAUUUGGAGAGGGAGCGUUUGGAGAGGAGAGACUGUUUGAAAGAUUUGACAACAGGGGCGGACAGAGAGGCGGCAAGAAGACGGGCCGUGGUGGUGGUAGGGGACGUGGUAGGGGUAGAGGUCGUGGAAGAGGAAGAGGACGAUAA